AUGGCGGCGUCCGGCUGCGCGUGGGGCGCCGAGCCGCCACGGUUCCUGGAGGCCUUCGGGCGGCUGUGGCAGGUGCAGAGCCGCCUGGGCAGCGGGUCGUCGGCGUCGGUGUACCGGGUGCGCUGCUGCGGCUCCCCGGGCUCGCCCCCCGGCGCGCUCAAGCAGUUCCUGCCGCCCGGCGCCUCCGGGGCCGCCGCCUCGGCCGCCGAGUACGGCUUCCGCAAGGAGCGCGCGGCGCUGGAGCAGCUGCAGGGCCACCGGAACAUCGUCACUUUGUAUGGAGUCUUUACAAUCCAUUUCUCUCCAAACGUGCCGUCUCGCUGCCUGCUGCUUGAGCUCCUGGACGUCAGCGUUUCAGAGUUGCUUUUAUACUCCAGCCAGCAGGGCUGCUCCAUGUGGAUGAUACAGCACUGUGCCCGCGACGUGCUGGAGGCCCUCGCUUUCCUUCAUCGGGAGGGCUAUGUUCACGCAGACCUCAAACCACGUAACAUACUGUGGAGUGCAGAGAACGAAUGUUUUAAACUCAUUGACUUUGGACUUAGCUUCAAAGAAGGCAAUCAAGAUGUGAAGUAUAUUCAGACAGACGGGUAUCGGGCUCCAGAAGCAGAACUUCAGAAUUGCAUGGCCCAGGCUGGCCUGCAGAGCGACACAGAGUGCACCUCAGCCGUUGACCUGUGGAGCCUCGGCAUCAUUUUACUGGAAAUGUUCUCAGGCGUGAAACUGAAACACACCAUCCGGUCUCAGGAGUGGAAGGCAAACAGUUCCGCCAUCGUCGAUCACAUAUUUGCCAGGAAAGCGGUGGUGAAUGCUGCAAUCCCAGCCUAUCACCUGAGAGACCUUAUCAAAAGCAUGCUGCACGAGGACCCGCGCCAGAGGGCUCCUGCCGACGUGGCUCUGUGCAGCCCCUUCUUCAGCAUUCCGUUUGCCCCUCACAUCGAAGACCUGGUGAUGCUCCCCACCCCCGUGCUGAGGCUGCUCAAUGUGCUGGACGGUGACUACCUCGAGAGCGAGGAGGGGUACGAAGGUCUUUGUCGAGUACGCGAAUGCUGGGGACUCCAAAGCUGCUCAGAAGCUGCUGACGGGAAGGAGGUUCGACGGGAAGUUUGUCGUGGCCACGUUCUACCCGCUGAGUGCCUACAAGAGGGGAUUUCUAGGUGCAGAAAUCACACCCGUUUCCACACAGCUUGGCACCAAGGCGUCAUGAACGUCAGUGAGCUCAGACAGCAGCUGUCCCGCGCUGGGCAGGAGCACCUGCUGCAGUUCUGGGAUGAGCUGGAAGCAGCCCAGCAGGCUGAGCUCUAUGCGGAGCUCCAGGCCAUGAACUUUGAGGAGCUGAACGUCUUUUUCCAGAAGGCCACUGAAGGGUUCAGCCAGUCCUCCCAGCAAGAGAAGGUGGAUGCCCGGAUGGAGCCUGUCCCCCGGGAGGUGCUGGGCAGUGCCACUAGAGAUCAAGAUCAGCUCCAGGCCUGGGAGAGCGAAGGACUCCUCCACAUUUCUCAGAACAGAGUGGCGGUUCUUCUCCUAGCUGGUGGGCAGGGGACACGGCUCGGGGUCACAUACCCCAAGGGGAUGUAUGAUGUUGGCUUGCCAUCCCAUAAGACCCUUUUCCAGCUUCAAGCAGAGCGAAUCCUGAAGCUUCAGCAGCUAGCUGAGAAGUGCCAUGGCAACAGAUGCACCAUCCCCUGGUACAUAAUGACCAGCGGCAGGACGAUGCGGUCCACAGAGGAGUUCUUCGCCAAGCACAGGUACUUCGGGCUGCAGAAGGAGAACGUCGUCUUCUUCCAGCAGGGCAUGCUGCCAGCCAUGAGCUUUGACGGCAAGAUUCUUUUGGAGGAGAAGAGCAAGGUGUCCAUGGCUCCAGACGGGAACGGGGGCCUCUACCGGGCUCUGGCUGCCUGGGACAUCGUGGGCGACAUGGAGCGCAGGGGCGUCGGCUGUGUUCACGUCUACUGCGUUGACAACAUCCUGGUGAGAGUGGCCGACCCUCGGUUCAUUGGAUUCUGCAUUCAGCAGGGAGCGGACUGUGGCGCCAAGGUGGUGGAGAAGACGAACCCGACAGAGCCGGUGGGCGUGGUGUGCCGCGUGGACGGGGUGUACCAGGUGGUGGAGUACAGCGAGAUCUCCCUGGCCACGGCGCAGCAGCGGAGCCCGGACGGACGGCUGCUGUUCAACGCGGGGAACAUCGCCAACCAUUUCUUCACCGUGCCCUUCCUGAGGGACAUUGUCAAUGUUCACGAGCCGCAGCUGCAGCACCACGUGGCUCAGAAGAAGAUUCCGUACGUGGACUCCCAGGGGCAGCUCAUCAAGCCCGACAAGCCAAACGGGAUAAAGAUGGAAAAGUUCGUCUUUGACAUCUUCCAGUUUGCAAAGAAGUUCGUGGUGUACGAGGUGCUGCGGGAGGACGAGUUCUCCCCGCUGAAGAAUGCAGACAGUCAGAACGGCAAGGACAACCCCACCACGGCCCGGCACGCACUCAUGUCCCUGCACCACUGCUGGGUGCUCAACGCCGGCGGCCACUUCAUCGACGAGAAUGGCUGCCGCCUGCCCGCCAUUCCCCGCUUGAAGGAUGCCAGCGACAACCCGAUCCAGUGUGAAGUCUCCCCGCUCAGCUCCUACGCCGGAGAGGGACUGGAGAGCCUCGUGGCCAACAGGGAGUUCCACGCGCCUCUGAUCAUCGACGAGCACGGGGCCCAUGAGCUGGUGAAGAACGGGCUGUGA